AUGGGACUCCCAGUCAACAGACUAGAAUUGGUGGAAGGAGAGACUUUGGUAACUGUCACAUAGGUGGAUGCGUCUCAAAUCCUGACUUCAUGCUCUGUCAAUGUCGUGUCAGCUGUGAGCAAUGUACACCAGAUUAUUACUACGGAGAAUGUUCUGAUUACCAUCGUGAUUGCUAUAAAUGGUCCAGAGGAGGGCAAUGUACUAGAAACAAGUGGAUGCUGGAAAAUUGUCGAAGAUCUUGUAAUUCAUGCAUAGAUCCGUAAGU